ACAGGCUGGAAAGUGCGCUUGCGCAGCGCAUACGCAGCUUUCUACGAAGUUUCUGGAUAUCUGGACGCAACGCAAAAUAUUGAUUACAUUUCACCAUUCUGAGACUCCCCCCUAAUUGGACUGAGUGAAGCGUUCUGCCGCGAAGAUGUCCGUGUCUUCGCUCUACCUCAAACAAGACAAUAUGGUGCGCUUCAAGAGGAGAAAAGCACGUUUCUCCUUCAGUGAAGUGCACAUCCUGCUAGACGAGGUGCGGAAGAAUCGCCACAUAGUUGUGGGCAAGUUUAACGCAGGCAUUCCCUCUGACGUGAAGCGCAGGAAAUGGGCCGAGAUCACGGCGCGUGUUAAUGAGAUUGGAGAGUGUGACAGAGAGAUCAUGGAGGUGAUCAAGAAAUGGUCCGACCUCAAAUGCGACACAAAGCGCAAAGUGGCUGCUCUGCGGACUGGUGCUACGGUAUCCCUGAGACUGGCACGGUCCAAUAUUGAACUGUCCCCGAUGGAAGUCAUUGUGGAGUCCAUACUUGAACUGGACAAGAAACCAUGGGAAGCUACACAGAGGUCCAGAUCUCGCAGUCAUGGUGAUGAACAAGAGCCUGUGUGUGAGGAUGAGGAAGAGGAGGAUGGGGGGUUUGUGGGAAUGGGGUCGGUCAACAGUUCCCCAACCAGAGGAAUGGAUGUGGGAGGAAUGCCUGCUACUACAAGCGGAGAUGGUGGCGCUAGUGAGAUGCAGUACGACGGAUCCAAAGCUGGAGAUCCUGAAUCCCACUUAGACUCAGAUGAAGACAACCGUGACCUCUUCCCAUCAUCCUCUAUGGCAUCCGUCAGUAACUCUUACUCUGAGGAGGACGGAGUUGCAACUAGAGGCAAUAUUGGACACGUCUCCUCCACAGCCACCGCCUCUGCUAAAAGACCCUCGUCUUUCUCUGGGGCGGAGCCAGACAGUUCACGUGAGCAAUUAGCACACAACGCAAGCCUUAGCGUGCAGGAGCAGCACACCACUAACGCUCUUCUGGCCACGGUCUCACGCUCACUUGAGCUUCUUGCAGAGUCCGUGCAGCAGCUAGCGGAGACGCAACAGGAGUUUGCGCGCGAAUCAUUGCAGAUACAGAGGGAUACCGUGCAGGUGAUGCGAGAAUUUGCCUCCGGCGCGCUAACGAUACUACACGAAAGGGUCAACGGCAAACCUGCGUUGUGAAAUGUGUGUUUAGCGUUCAGAUGAUGUCCAACAAGCAUCAGAGCUUGACCCGUUGUUGAUAAACUGCAGUCAGUAGUCAAUGUUUCACUGGAACGUUGGUGACCAUUAGAGGGCGCAAUGUCAAGAUGUCAAAAUACUGUGAUUUAGUGCAAGGACAAAGACAACGGUUUGAGAAGAUGCUUUUGUAUCUGGUCUCUCUAAUAGGGCACACUUAGGGUUUUUGUUUAUAGUGAAGUGAAAAAAUGUGAGU